AUGGGUUCAGUGCUACCUGCAGAUGCUUUGGUUCUGAAGGCUGGAUUUAAGCAGCAGGCUCUGGCCCUGUCCGACAUCAUCACAUCGGACAUCCUGCACAGUUUCUUGUACGGCCGCUGGAGGAACGUGCUCGGGGAACACCUGUUCGAGGAGAAGACCCCCAUUGUCAGCCCCAAAACAGCGUUCACCGCCGAGGUCCUGGCGCAGUCAUUCUCAGGAGAGGUCCAGAAGCUCUCCAGUUUAGUGUUGCCAAGUGAAGUCAUCAUUGCGCAGAGCUCAAUCCCGGGAGAAGGUCUUGGCAUCUUCUCCAAAACCUGGAUAAAAGCCGGCACCGAGAUGGGUCCCUUCACUGGCAGGGUCAUUUCUCCCGAACACGUCGAUCUCUUCAAGAAUAACAGUCUCAUGUGGGAGGUUUUCAAUGAAGAUGGCACGGUGCGCUACUUCAUCGAUGCCAGUCAAGAGGAUCAUCGCAGCUGGAUGACAUACAUCAAAUGCGCGCGAAAUGAGCAAGAACAGAAUCUGGAGGUGGUGCAGAUUGGAAGCAGCAUAUUUUACAAAGCAGUAGAGACAAUACCUCCAGAUCAAGAGCUGCUUGUGUGGUAUGGGAAUUCCCACAACACUUUCCUUGGUAUCCCAGGAGUCCCUGGCAUAGAGGAAGAAACGCAGAAGAAGAGUAAAAAUGAUGAAUUCCACCUGUGUGAAACCUCCUCCAACCCCUCCCUCUCCACUGCCAGUCGCAUGCGCUGCGUCAUCUGCCACCGUGGGUUCAACUCCCGCAGUAACCUGCGCUCCCACAUGCGUAUCCACACACUGGACAAGCCCUUCGUCUGCCGUUUCUGCAACCGCCGCUUCAGUCAGUCCUCCACCCUUCGCAACCACGUACGCCUGCACACGGGUGAACGCCCCUACAAAUGUCACGUCUGCCAGAGUGCAUACUCACAGUUGGCAGGGCUGCGGGCGCACCAGAAGAGUGCCAGGCACCGGCCAUCUAGUACGGGGUCUGCUGUAGGGCUGCAGGUCCAUUCACCCCCUCCUCAGCUGGCACAGGUCCCUCACCCGGCCUCUCUGGUGCAUCACAUACCCACCAUAGUGCUAUGA